AUGAGCAAAGCGGCCAGUUCAACAAGUGGCUGUUUGGAUAUUUUAAACGUCAAAUCCAGUCGGAUUCUGGAUAUCCCGUGCAAAGUGUGUGGAGACCGAAGUUCAGGGAAACACUACGGAGUGUACGCAUGUGAUGGAUGCUCGGGAUUCUUCAAAAGGAGCAUAAGGAGGAACAGGACGUAUGUGUGCAAAUCGGGCACUCAGGGAGGCUGCCCUGUGGAUAAGACGCACAGGAACCAGUGUCGUGCCUGUCGCUUGAAGAAGUGCCUGGAAGUGAACAUGAAUAAAGAUGCCGUGCAGCAUGAACGAGGCCCGAGGACAUCGACCAUCCGCAAGCAAGUGGCACUUUACUUUCGGGGCCACAAAGAGGUGAACGGAUCCUCGUCACACUUUCCCAGCACGUCUAUCCCGGGCCUGCACUUCUUCACCACAGUCACUCAACUCGAGACUCACAGUCUGGAAUUAAACACGGUGCCGAGCACACCAGAGCGCCAGGGCAUGGUGGGGCUUGCACAGCCCACUCCGAAAUAUCCACACGAAGUUAGUGGGACACCCAUGUAUCUGUACGAAGUGGCCACGGAGUCUGUGUGUGAAUCGGCUGCACGCCUCCUGUUCAUGAGCAUCAAAUGGGCCAAGAGUGUUCCAGCUUUCUCCACACUCCCUUUACAAGAUCAGCUGAUCCUAUUAGAGGACGCCUGGAGAGAGCUGUUCGUUCUGGGUGUAGCUCAGUGGUCCAUUCCAGUGGACUCAAACACCCUGCUCGCUGUUUCAGGGAUGACCACAGAAAACACAGAGUCCCAGAGGCUAAACAAGGUGGUCUCAGAGAUCCAGGCUCUACAGGAAGUGGUGACGCGUUUCCGGCAGCUGCGACUGGAUGCGACGGAAUUCGCGUGCCUGAAGUGCAUCGUUACUUUUAAAGCUGUUCCAACGCACAGUGGAGCUGAACUGAGGAGUUUCCGAAACGCGAGUGCCAUCGCAGCACUCCAGGACGAAGCACAGCUCACACUCAACAGCUACAUCCACAACAGGUACCCGACCCAGCCGUGCCGCUUUGGGAAGCUGCUGCUGCUUUUACCUGCACUGCGUUCAGUCAGUGCAUCUACAAUUGAAGAAGUGUUCUUCAGGAAGACGAUUGGAAAUGUGCCCAUCACACGGCUUCUCUCCGACAUGUACAAAUCAAGUGACAUAUGAGCUUUUUACUUCCACCCAAGAGGACUCUUGAAAAAGAAAAGAAAAAAAAAACUGGCCUGGGAAAGUCAGACUGUCAAGUGACUUGAGUCAUGAUUAUAUCGUUAUGUAUAAGAGAAAAUGGCUAUAAUGGUUCUGGAAACAUCUUUGCCACCUCUGAAGCAGACGGCAUAAGAGAAAGCAUUUCUAGUGGGAGAAACUAAAGACUAUGGUGGCUGAACAAGUUCUGUUCACUGGUUAGA